GUGACAAGUGGAUCUGCCAAAAAGCCGUAACUUUGUGAAAAUUUAGUGCUUAACUAACGCAUCUGGAGAAUAACUGCCUGACGAUGGAGAAUUGUAACAACAACCUGGAUAGGAAACACUUGUUAAGGGAAAUCUCUGUCUGCCCGUCCAUUUGGGACUCGCGUUUGGGUCUCGGAGAUCGGCGCCAUGUCAUGAACCGCGACUGGGUAAAGGUGGCCCGGGCCGUAAAUUCAAACGUGGACCAUUGCAAGCGGAAGUGGAAGAUCAUGCGAAGCACCUUCCGGAACGAACUGCGCCGCUCGACCUUUACGGGCGCCGCCUCUCGCUGGCAUCUGUUCAAAGAUAUGGAGUUCAUGAGGGACGCGUUUGGCCCCUUGCCCUUCAAGUGCCCCGCUGAGGAUUCCUCUGUGAUGCCGAUCCUCCAGUAUCCCCCCACGGCCUCCACUCAUACCCCAGAUCUUAUCCGUUCUCCCAAUCGCAUCUGCCCAAAUGAUACUUUGCCGAACAGCGUCCCCCAGAAUCCCACGGCUUCCACUCAUAUCCCAGACCUUGUCCAUAAUCCCAAUCCCAUCUUCCCGGAUAAGACUUUACCGGACUGCGUCGAGGGGGUAGAUAAUGUUGUCACCGUCCAGGAUGAGAUGCCGGGGGUCUCGAAGCCUAAGCCGUCUGGCAGUGCCCAGAACGUAAAGAUAGAUCCGAAUGAUUCGGACUACAGGUUCCUGAUUAGCUUGAUGCCCUUCGUCAGCACUUUUUCGGACUCUCUGAGGAGUCGCUUCCAAGACAUAGCCUUGCGUUUGCUGCUGCAGCUUCGGAAAGAAUGCCCAAAGGAGGUUGAGGAGAACGUUCCGGUGGUAAUCCAUGUGCUGGAUGAUGACGACGAUGACGACGAUGAGGAUCAGCAGCAG